UACCUGUGCGCCCACCUCUUUCCUUCACCACCCUCUCUCUCCUCGCCUCUAUCUCUCUCCUGCUCCUCCCCUAUAUUACGAUCCAGCCUGGUAUCGACGCUCUUCCCGUCCCGUGUAGCAAAGCCGGAACCAUCUGUACCCUUUGUCUUUCUAAUGUCUCACCGUCAUUGAUUCGAUUCGGAGGCACCGGUCGUAACGGAUUUGACUUUGUUCUUGUUGUUCUUCCCCAAAGAUCGACCGAGAAGACAAGAGGAUGGCGGAGGAGCAGCGAUGCCAGGAGGGCCACCGCCUCUGCGCUAACAACUGUGGAUUCCUCGGGAGCCCUGCGACGCUCAACCUCUGCCCCAAAUGCUACCGCGACCACCGCCUUAAGGAGGAGCAGCAGCGGCAGGACGCCUCGCACGCGGCCAACGUAGCCGCCGCCGAGAAACCCCCCCACGCCUCCUCCUCGGCCUCGGUCGUGGCGUCCCCGGCCGGGAACGCGAGAGGGCCCCCGGCGCUGGCCUCUCCGGCGAUCGCGGCGGCGGCGGCGGGACCGAGCCGGUGCGCGAUGUGCCGGAAGAGGGUGGGCCUGACGGGGUUCCGGUGCCGGUGCGGGGCCACCCACUGCGGGGCACACCGGCACGCGGAGCUGCACAGCUGCACCUUCGACUUCAAGGCGGCCGGCCGGGAGGCCAUCGCCCGCGCCAACCCCGUCGUCAAGGCCGACAAGCUCAACAGGAUCUGAAGAAUCCCCACCCUCCGUUUCUCCCUGCUCCCCCUCGAUCGACGGCCCAGAUCCUCCCGGGACGGUAACCCCCUCCCGUGCUCGACGCCCUUGCGAUGUGACCUUUGGUGUGUUUGGCUGCUCCCAAUCUUUUCUUUUUCCUUUUUCUCUAUUUAUUUUCUUUUUUUUCCUCGUUGUAGUCUGGAGAAAUAUGGCUUAUUAAUAUUAUUAUCGUAGUUUCUCUCAAA